AUGUUCAGAAAUUCAUUAAGCAAGUUGGCAAGACCAACCUUGGCAAGAGCUCAGCUUCCAAGAAAUGUCAGAGGCCUCAAGAACAUCAACUUUGGUGGUACUGUUGAAACCGUUCACGAGAGAGCCGACUGGCCAAGAGAAAAGCUUCUUGAUUACUUCAAGAACGAUACUCUCUGUGUUUGCGGUUACGGUUCGCAGGGUUACGGUCAGGGUUUGAACUUGAGAGACAAUGGCCUGAAGACAAUCAUCGGUGUCAGAAAGAACGGAAGUUCUUGGAAGGCAGCCAUUGAGGAUGGAUGGGUUCCAGGUGAAAACCUUUUCCCUAUUGAGGAGGCCAUCAAGAAGGGUACCAUCAUUAUGAACUUGUUGUCUGAUGCUGCUCAGUCCGAGACAUGGUCUUCGAUCAAGCCUUUGUUGACCAAGGGUAAGACUUUGUACUUCUCCCACGGUUUCUCUCCAGUGUUCAACAAGUUGACGCACGUUGAACCACCAAAGGACAUCGAUACCAUCAUGGUUGCUCCAAAGGGUUCCGGAAGAAGUGUCAGAUCUUUGUUCAAGGAAGGUAAGGGUGUCAACUCUUCUUACGCCGUCUGGAACGAUGCUACCGGUAAGGCCGAGGAGAAGACCAUCGCUCUUGCUAUGGCCAUUGGCUCUGGUUACGUCUACGAGACCACCUUCCAGAGAGAGGUCUACUCAGACUUGUACGGUGAAAGAGGAUGUUUGAUGGGUGGUAUCCACGGUAUGUUCUUGGCCCAGUACGAGGUCUUGAGAGAGAACGGCCACACUCCAUCUGAGGCCUUCAACGAGACUGUUGAGGAAUCUACUCAGUCUUUGUACCCAAUGGUUGGAAAGCACGGUAUGGACUACAUGUACGAUGCUUGCUCUACCACUGCCAGAAGAGGUGCUUUGGACUGGUACCCAGUCUUCAGAGACACUUUGAAGCCAGUCUUCAGAAAGUUGUACGCCAACAUCAAGAGUGGUGCCGAGACCAAGAGAUCUUUGGAGUUCAACUCUCGUCCAGACUACAGAGAGGCUUUGGAGAAGGAGUUGGAUACUGUUAGAAACAUGGAGAUCUGGAAGGUUGGAACUGAGGUCAGAAAGUUGAGACCAGAGAACAACUAA